AUGACCCAUAAACAUCAUAAUCAUCAUAAAGUAAAAGCAAGAUGUCAACAGGUGGAUACUUCCAAUGAAGAUAGCCUACCAUACUUAUUUAGAUUAAAGGGUUCUGUUGUUCCAAAUGUCUUACUGCAAACCUUAUUUGUUACCGCUUUCGCGGCCGCUAUAACAGCUAUAUAUUUCAAAACAAAUAUUAAGCCUGGGAUUCCACAAACAUUCAUUCCCGUGCUUGGUUUCGUUGUGGGUCUUUUACUUACUUAUAGAACAAAUACUGCUUAUGAUAGAUAUUGGGAAGGUCGCAGAGCAUGGUCAUCAAUGGUGAUUGCGAUUCGAAAUUUAACACGAUACAUUUGGGUAGGUGUCAAAAGAAAGAAAUCAAAAGAAGAAUUGGAAGAAGAAGAAAAAAAUAAUAAAAGGAAAUUUAUAAAAGAUGAUUAUGAAUUAAAAAGAAAAUAUGAAGAAUUAAAAAAAUAUGAAGCUGAUGAAUUAAAAAAAGAAAAGGAUAAAAUGAAAGAUGAUGAUUUAAAAAAAGAAAAGGAUAAAAUGCAAACUGAGGAUGAAGAAAUAGUUAAUAAAAAAAUCGAACUGGAGAAAAAAAAAAAAGAACUAGAAGAACUCAUGACAAAAAAAGAAGAGGAAAAAAUAGAAAUAGAAAAGAAAAGCGCUGUAAGACUUCUUAUAGGAUUUGCAUUUGCUGUAAAACAUUAUCUACGUGAAGAGGAAGCAAGCGAAUGCGAUGAU